AUGAGUCGUGUUAGGAUUACGAGAGACGGAUGCACGCCCAGAUGCACCUGCUCAGAGCUGGAGAAACGGAAGCAACUCCAAGAGUGUGCGUCGUUUGAAGAAGAGUGGCGUAUUAACGACUACUACAACAUCGUGGUCUCUAGGCAUCCAGUGCUUUGCAACCUCUUCGACGAAAUACAUAUGCUUUAUGACGGUAAUAACGAGGACGAAAAGGAAAAUAGAGAUGCGACUGAAACUGGAAAUGGAGGUACUCUACGAUACAAGACGACCGAGGUUUUGAUAAUACGUGGUCCCUGGAACCGGAACAGGCAUUUUCUGUUUAUACUUUCUGAUGUCAGCAAGUGGGGGCUGGAGAGUGUAGUGGAAAAGAAGAUCAUUGAAGCUGGUGGAUAUGAGAGGCUCAACUCUAUCCUGGCCAAAGAAGUGCCACCCCUAAAGUCCUAUGAUCCCAAAAUGGAUCGAAUAUAUGGAGGAGAGCCUGUCCCAUCCAAUCAAAAUGCUAAUCUUCGUAUUACAAGUGUCCAAUCAGACUGCUCGCUAGGUGAGAACCCACCAGCUGUGAUUAUGACCGGGACGAACGAUAUACUAAAUUUCCCAUUUUGGGACCUUUGGCAGCAUUUCUAUAAAGAAUUGAAGCAGAGGGGUGAGCCUGCGACUGCGUGGCAGUUGCAAAGACUGCUCAUUCAAACAAAUAUGCGAGUCAGAAGCAGCUUGGAAGAAAUUCCUUAUAAAGACCUACCUUAUAAAAUAUAUCAAUUUUUUUCGCAUUGCAAUUUAGAUGUCAAUAUAGAUGAAUAUGCAAGGCUCAAAUUAUCAGCUAUCUAUACUUAUGGGUUGGGAAGUUAUUCUAAAGUUUGGAACGCCAUUCCGUGUGGGUCCAAGUUCGAAACGUUGUCAGAGAAGGUAGACGAAGAAGUGGACACAGAUGCCGAUAUUGUCAAAGUUGCCAACACCCUCAUGGAUGACGAAGGCAUCACUGAGACAUUGGGACCACCUGUGAUGGAUGACGAACCUCCAACUAGGCAUAGGCAUACGCCCACAAAGUCCGAUGAGAGCAUUUAUGCUUCCAGGAUCUAA